CUCUCCCCUCAGUCACCUUUAUCGUCCAUCUCCCUGAUACCAUCCCCCCUUUAACCAGGCUCCCAUUCUCCCAUUCUCCCGUCCUCCCUCCGUCCUUCCACCAGUACAUCUGCCGCGUGUUAUUGGAAUUCGGAAACUAUCAUCUCCAACCCGCGGCAAGCGAGAAUGGCUCCCGUCGACGUGAACGAGAUCCUCUCCAAGCUGACGCUGGAAGAGAAGAUCUCAAUCCUCGCCGGUGCCAACUUCUGGGAGACUGUGGGAAUCCCCGAAAAAGGCGUUCCGGUCCUUAAGACUUCAGACGGCCCCAAUGGAGCUCGUGGAGGAACCAUGGAAGGCGGUGCCACCUCCGCGUGCUUCCCCGCCGCCUGCAGCGUAGCAUCCACCUUCGACGUCGACCUCGCCCAGCGCAUCGGCACCGCCCUCGGCAAGGAGACCCUCACCAAGGGAGCCCGCUGCCUGCUGGCCCCGACCAUGUGCAUCCACCGCCACCCGCUCGGCGGCCGCAACUUCGAGAGCUUCUCCGAGGACCCCUUCCUCUCCGGGAAGCUCGCCGCCCGCAACGUCAUCGGCGUGCAGUCCACCGGCGUCUCCGCCACCAUCAAGCACUACGCCGCCAACGAGCAAGAGACCCAGCGCCUCACCGUCGACGAGGAGAUCAGCGAGCGCGCCCUGCGCGAAAUCUACCUCAAGCCCUUCGAGAUCUCCAUCAAGGAGGCCAACCCGGGCGCCGUCAUGACCGCCUACAACAUGGUCAACGGCAUCCACGCCGACUCCCACCCCUUCCUCCUCCAGAAGGUCCUCCGCGGCGACUGGGGCUGGGACGGCCUCGUCAUGAGCGACUGGGGCGGUGUGAAUUCUACGGCCGAAGCCCUCAACGCCGGCCUCGACCUCGAGAUGCCCGGCCCCGCCCGCUGGCGCAAGAUCCCCGACGUGCUCGCCGCCGUCAGCGCCGGCAAGGUGACCGAGCAGACCAUCAACGAGCGGGCCCUCCGCAUGCUGCGCUUCCUCGAGCGGGAGAAGUGCUUCGAGGACCCGACCAUCCCCGCCGAGCAGUCCAUCGAUAAGCCCGAGGACCGCGCCCUCAUCCGCGAGGCCGGCGCCAGGGGCAUCGUGCUGCUCAAGAACGAGGGGGGCAUCUUACCCCUGACCAGGGAGAAGGCCAGAGGCAAGAAGGUCGCUCUCUUGGGAUAUGCCAAGCAGGCUCUCAUCCAUGGUGGUGGCAGUGCUUCCGUCAGUUCUCAUUACAGGGUUACCCCUUGGGAUGGUCUGCGCGCCGCCCUGGGUGACGAUGUCGAGCUCACUUAUGCUAAGGGCGCUCAUACCUUCCGUCGGUUGCCGCUCUUGUCCGAAAACGUCGUCGGCUUGGAUGGUACGCCCGGCUUCACCUACAAUGUCUACUCCCCCGGCCAUUCCACCCCGAUCGAGACAAAGCAAGGUCACCCAAAUUCGGAACUGUCCGUCUUCGAGACGUUCGACCUCGGAAGUGCCGCGCCGGGGGCCGGCGGCGAGCGCGAGUUUGAGCUUAUCGGUCACUUCACGUCGCCCGUGACGUCCACCUACUACUUCAACCUGUCCGGCCUGGGUCCGUCGAAAUUCGCCGUCGACGACAAGGUCAUCUACGAACAACCGGCCAACUGCUCCGACUUCAUGGGAUACAUGCUCGGCGGCGUACCCGUGCCGCGCCUCGAGGUGCCGAUGGAGGCCGGCAAGCGGUACAAGGUCCAGGUGUUCACCAACAUGCCCCGGCCGGUCGCGGGCGUCGACCUGGGCAUCUUCGACGGCCGUUUCAGCGUCCGGCUGGGCGGCAUGGCGGCGGUCGAGUACCACAGGGACAUCCUGGCCGAGGCGGUUGAGGUGGCCAAGGGGGCCGACUACGCCAUCGUCUUCACCGGCCACGACCCGGACUGGGAGACCGAGGGCCAGGACCAGUCGGGCUUCCACCUCCCGCGCGAAGGAAGCCAGGACAACCUGGUGGCGGCCGUGGCGGCCGAGAACCCCAACACCGUGGUCGUCAACUCCACCGGCGUCGCCGUGGCUAUGCCCUGGUUGGGCCAGGUCAAGGGUCUCCUCCAGACCUGGUUCCCGGGCCAGGAGGCCGGAAACUCCAUCGCCGACGUCCUGACGGGCGCCCGCACCCCGGAGGGCCACCUGACCUGCACGUUCCCCAAACGGCUCGAGGAUACCCCCGCCUACGGCAACUUCCCGGGCGAGUACGUCGACGGGCAGCUCAAGGUCAAGUACGCCGAGGGCGUCUUCGUGGGGUACCGCCACUUCGACCGCCUCCCCGCCGACAAGGUCAACUUCCCCUUCGGGUUCGGCCUGUCAUACACGACGUUCGACUACGCCGACCUGGACGUCAAAGAGGUGUCGGCGGACGAAUACGCCGUCAGCGUGCGGGUCAGCAACACGGGCGGCGUCAAGGGCGCGGUCGCUGUGCAGGUGUACGUCGGCCACGCGAACCCGGCGCCGGAGAACCCGGUCAAGGUGCUGGCGGGGUUCAAGAAGGUGGCGCUCGAGGCGGGCGAGAGCCAGACGGUGCUGAUUCCCGUGGGGGCGCGGGACUUUGCGUUCUGGAGCGAGGGGGGGCAGCGGUGGGUCGUUGCGGGCGGCGAGUACAAGUUUAGCGUGGGGAAGAGCGCUGGCGACUUGGUGCUUUCGGCGGCGGUGCAGGUCGGAGAGAAGACGUAUGCUCCUUGAGUCUUUGUGGCAAGACGUUUGCCUGGCGGAGGAGGGGGCGAAGCACUGAA